AUGGAAUCGCAAAAUGAUGGCACUAAUACUGCUGCACUGGAAGCUGAAACCAACCAUUUCAUGUCCAUUCCAUGGUGCCGCUCUCACUUAUGCGAGCCCAACUUUCAGCCCGUGAAAAGGCCCCGAAAGCCUUCGCCAGACCACGGCCAUACGCUAUUCGGCAAGACGUGGUUCACUGAGGACACACUUCCUCAUUUACUCGCUUUGUAUCGACAGCCACAGCUUUCUACUGCUGGGGGCUGGAGGGGCGAGAUGCGGAUAUUCAUUACGAUAGGCACGGGUCUAAACGAGCAUCCGAAUGUCUUUCACGGGGGAGCUAUUGCCGCUGUAUUGGAUAGGGCACUGGGGCUUCUUGUCAGCUAUGCGAUAACGGAUGGGAGGCCAGCAUAUACGGUCGUGCUGACUACGGCAUAUAAGAAAACAAUCAAAACACCGCAGACGAUUAUGACACGCUCCUGGAUCACAAAGACGGAGGGGAGGAAAGUUUGGGCUCGUGGACAGAUUGAAAACAGCACCGGCGACAUCCUUGCAACGGCAGAAGGGAUAUUGGUCAAGAAGAGUGCAAACCUCUAG